UGGCACGCUGCUGGACCAGACCUUUCUCUAAGCCCUGGGUUGGUAUGCCUGGCAGCAGGGAUACUUUAGGAAAUCAACUGUCCUUGACUUGCGAUCAUGUUUAUUGUCACGCCUGUGUCUUAUUCUUAGGCCUACACAUUAUUUCAGCAAACAGGAUGUGCUGGUUGUCAUUAGAGCAGCCGAGGCUUCAUCCAGGCUGUCACGUGGCCAGGGCAUGUUUUAUUCCGAGCCGCAUAGCUGCAUUGUGUGGUGAGGCGAGAGCAAGGCACUCCGGACAUGUACUGUAGAAGGCUGAAGACUGGUGUGAGACCUUUCUUGUUCCAGGAGUAACAUCAGGGUAUGUCUCGGGAAGCUGUGGAUCACAUCAUCUUGGGCAUCUAGAUAUGCGGAGGCGGGACAUCGCUGCGGCUGGUGAUAGGCUGAAGCUCCAUGUGACGUGCCGGACUAACAGGAAGUAAGAAGAAUACAGCCCGGGGACCCAACACCUGUACCGGAGCUCCGGGGGCUCGUUGGCAGAUGAUGUGAAGACUGUCAAAGGAAGGUGGAGUGAAGGUUCUCAUCAUGAUCCAGAGAUGCCCUGAACCAGCAAACAUAUUGGCAGACAAAAUCCUGGCCGCACACGUGACCAGUGACGUUGUAGGAGAAUCUGUGUCUUCUCCUUGCUAUUUAAAAUUAGACUAUAAUUGGAGUAGACACUGAUAGUAACAUCCUGGAGAGUAACGAUAAACCCAUGAAUAUCCACUGCGGAGACUCUGCUCCUGGCAAUGAAGUUUAUAACGGUCAAGAUGCCCCUGAAGUGGAACUGGUCAAUUUGCUAGAAGACGAGCUUCCUCAGUACAAGCUUCGAGUGGACUCCCUGUAUUUCUAUGAUCACCAGGACUGGAUACAACACUCCCCAACACGUCAAAGCAAUGGCCUUGGCAGCCUUUCUCCUGUCCUGGCUGAAGAGACUUUCCGUUACAUGACUUUUGUUGAACUUCCCUCCUCUUCAUAUGAUGACUCUUGUAAAUCAAGUCAAGGAACACAAGUUCUUGGUUCAGAAAGAAUAGAACAGAUGACAAGAAGUUACAAUGAUUCAGACAUGCUAACUCAUCUGCUAACAGAGAGAGAUAGAGACCUUGAGUUGGCUGCUCGCAUUGGACAGGCCCUUCUAAAAAGGAACCACAUCUUGACUGAGCAGAAUGAAUCCUUGGAAGAGCAGCUGUCUCAAGCAUUAGAUCAUGUAAAUCAACUCCAGCAUGAACUGUCUAAGAAAGAUGACCUUCUCAGGGUGGUUUCCAUUGCCUCAGAGGAGAGUGAGACCGACUCCAGUUGUUCUACCCCUUUGCGCUCUAAUGACUCCUUUACCCUCACACAUGGGCUGCUGCAGCUGGAUAACUUACACGUCAAACUGCGAGAGUUGGAGGAGGAGAAUCUUGAGCUACGAUCCCAGGUACAGGCUUCUCACCUGAAAACAGAAACCAUUUCUUAUGAAGAAAAGGAACAACAAUUGGUCAUCGACUGUGUGAAGGAAAUUCGGGAAUCCAAUGCCCAGAUUGGUAAACUAACCGAUGAAUUGGCAAACAAAUCUGAUGAGAUUGUACAAUACCAGGAGGAGAUAUCGACCGUGUUGUCUCAGAUUGUUGACCUCCAGCACAAGCUGAGAGAGAGUGCGAUAGAGAAAGAGGAGCUGAGAAUUCAUUUGCAAGCUUCCAAAGAAGCUCAAAGGCAGCUGACAGAUGAGCUUCAUGAUUUACAGGAUCGCAAUGCAGAAUGUCAAGGCAUGCUGCAGGAAGCUCAGGAUGAAUUAAAAAUGAUGCGUUGUAAAGCCAGCCCCUCAGCACUUCUUAGGCGGCCCCAGUCAUGCAGUGUCUUUCCUGUGGAUUCCUUAGCAGCUGAGAUUGAGGGUACCAUGAGAAGAGAGUUGAGCUUGGAAGAAGACUCAAGCUUCGGUGAACGAAAAAAGCAUCCAAAGCGUGUGUUCAAUACUGUCAAAGUAGCAAAUGAGCUUCGCAGCCGAUCAUCUUCUAUGCCUUUGGCAAUACCUGGGUCGAACCGUACUGGGGUUGUAAUGACAGCACUGCCCUUUGAAUCUGGGGCAAAAACUGAAGAGAAGAAAACCAAUAUCUGCUCAACUAAAGAAGACUUCAAGGAAAAAUAUGUUAAGGAGAACACAAAGUCAGAAAUCCUAGAUGAUAGUUUAGAAACUGCACUUCACAGGCUGCACCUUCGGCGCCAAAACUACCUAAGUGAGAAGCAGUUCUUCAGGGAAGAGUGUGAGCGAGAACUAAAACGUCUUGAGGAUGAGCAAGAUUACAGUGGCUGCAGCACUCCAGCGGGGAGUGUUUUGUCUCUGGCAACCCAUUUUUCAGAUUGCACAGAUUGUUCUGCUAACUCUAGUACCUUGCGCAGUCUAUUACCAGAGAAGUUACAGAUAGUUAAGCCUCUUGAAGGUUCUCAGACUCUUCAUCACUGGCAACAGCUAGCACAACCCAACCUGGGUACCAUUUUGGAUCCCCGGCCUGGUGUACUAACCAAAGGUUUUAAAGCCCUGCCUGAGGAUGCAGAAUACCGCUUGUGUGAUCUGGAAGAGGAUGAAAAAGAAGAUGAGGAAGAUGAGGGUGGAAUAACUUUUCAAGUUCUUGAACGAGAUGAUGCUGAUGUGCCAAAAUCCUCCUUGAGUAUAUUCCUGCCACCAAUAAGCCUGACACCAGCCACAACCUCUGCCACAAACCCUGGAAAAUGCCUGGGUGGCACCAAUUCAACUUUUACCUUCACUACUUGCAGGAUCCUGCAUCCAUCUGACAUCACUCAGGUUACCCCCAGUUCCAAGUACACCUCAUCAUCAUUCUUUGGCAGUGGAAGCUCUUGUUCAACCAGCACAUGUGUGAGUUCUCCUGCCAUUUCCUGUCGUUUGAGCCUUGGAGAAUAUUCUGGUAAAGCAUCUGAUCCCUCCAUGAAUAAUACCAGUAAUUUGACUAAACUGCUAAAAGAACAAGGCAUAUCUGCUAAAGUCAACAGGCCCAUUGUUCAAGAGAAACCAUCACGUCCACAAAAUUUGCUUCUUCCCUCCACUCCGCCCAAUUCUCCUUCCCACUCCCCUUGUCCAUCUCCUCUGACAUUUGAACCAAGAGCAAAUCCUUCUGAAAAUUUCUUGGCAGUUUCAAGGCCCGCUGAGAGCUUUCUUCAAGAAAUGUAUGGUUUAAAGUCCACACGAAGCGUGGCGGAUUUGGGGCAAAUGAAGCUGAGUUUGGUAGAGCGACUAAAGCGUUUAGGGAUUGCUAGAGUAGUCAGUCAACCAUGCACAGGGGAACAAACGCAGGGGCCAGCAUUAAACAAUGGACUUAAACGACAAGAGUCUGCCAUGUUUACUUCAACAAGCAGCAGUCUCAUGGGUGGUUUGAAAAGGAACCAGAGCCUUCCAGCUAUUAUUGGUGGACUUGCUGCUCCUGUUUGCACAUCCUCUCCAAGAAUGGGUAAUUUAAAAGAAGAAUAAGCCUGGAAUAAAAUGGACUGUGUGCAUGUCCGCCGAAUAAAGAACGAAUUCUAGAAAGUUUUAUGUGCAAAAAGUUGAGGGUUUAAGCAUGUUGUGUAAGAGGGAAAUGAUUCUAGAGAGUUUCAGCUGAAGGAUUUAGAAUGUGUCUGAAAAGCCUAAGAAACGUAGAAGUGUAUGUGGACUUGGUGAAAUGGUGGAUGCUGUUGGCUUCUUUUGAAAGCACACACAAAAUAUUUACCAUGAUCGGUUUAUUCCCCUCAGACAGCUGGUUUUAAUCGCUGCCAUUAAUAUUUUUGCGCCAGUUGACGCCAAGACUAUUUCUACUGUAUAGUGUAGGAGCUAAUGCUAUACUGUUACAUAAAGUGUUAAUAAUCAAUAAGUGUAAAUAGUAUUGGAUAUUCCAACAAGCUUUAUAUAAUUUAUAUUAUUAAUGAAUGUACGACAUCCAGUUUAUCAAGAUCUGUGAGCUUAAGAAGGAAAUAAUAAAAUAAAAAAAGUCGAAUGAAAAAUACUUUUUAAGUCUAGGCAGUGUUAACGAGCACAUCAGAUCUGUUGACUAGUCUGGUGUAGUAAAUAAUUGCAUUUCCCCUGAAAUAAUUAUUUGCCAAGCUAUGUACUCAUGUAAUUAUAUGCUAUGUAAUUUUCUCCUGGAAACGUAAGAAUAAAUUUGACCCCUUAUUAGCCUGUCAUGUCUGUAUACAGAGUCAGGCUGGGUUAGGAGUGUAGGGACACCUCUAGGUGGAAUAGCAGAACACACAUGUAUAGUGAAGGAUGCUCUAGAAUUGUUAUAUCAAGGAAAUGCAAUUAUUUAUUACAGACUAACUGUCUGCUUUCCUGACGACAUGUCUAUUUUAAAAAUUGUCAAGUUACCUAUUCUUUUUAAAUACCGUACAGGGCUAGAAGCUUACAUUUUGAGCACUUUAGUUUUUAUGUUAUCGGACUUGAGCAUUCAGUUAAAUACUGGUCCACUUAUUAGUCCAUAUUGUAUUUAAAUGCAACAUAAUAUUUGGAUGGGGGAUAGCUAGGUAAGUCAUCCACAAUUCCCAAGCCAGCUAUUACCUUUACCUUUGUGGUAAGAAAGGGCAUUCUACAACAAAUAUUGAUCAUUAGAGAACAUAGAUUUUUCUAUCUGAAAAGCACAAACUUUGUAAUUUUAUUAAAAAAAAGAAAAUGGAUGACAAAAGGAAAUAUUUAUUAUUCUGAAUGCAAAUUCCUUCUUUGCUAUGUGGUAGAAUAAUAAAAAUGAGAUCUUUCUUUCUAUGUGAUAAUCCUCUUCAGGUAUGGUUAUCUGUAAAACAAUGUAUACGAUUUGUAAUCUGGUGCAAAAUGCAUUCUGUGCAAUAUCAGAAACCCUCAACUUGUCAAUUUUGUAGAAAUAUGAGCCAUUCUCUGUGUCAUUUCUAUGGAUAAACUACAACGGACCUAAUACUGUUCUAUUCUUGUACCAGCUCAUGGUUAAUUCUUACAAUAUUACUUGUCGGCAAUUGCAUGGACUAUAUAAUUACAUUAUUUUGAGUGUUAGUUGCUCUGUAGAUCUGCCUGGUUUAUCUUGAUAAAGUUUGUCCCAAAUAGAUGGGGCUUUUGUGAGGACAAAUAUGGUGUCCAGGAAUGUAGCAUUUUCCAUUUUUGUGGUUACAGUCCAGUAAUGAGAUAUAGAACAAAACACAUGGAUUUAGGCAUUAAUAACAACAAAAAAACUAACAAUGAUAAUGUUGCCAGCAGCCAGUCAGAUCACUGCUUUAUUUUAAAGGGGUUAUCCAGGAAUAGAAAAACAGAUAUUUUUUUUCGACCUGAAGAAGCUGAUUUUAAAAGAACUUGGCUCUAUUUUUCUUUUCAGGAUAACCCCUGUAAAGCUACAGCAGGAAUCUGGUUGCCAAGGGCUACACAGACUGUAGUAUGUUUGUAUGCAUUAGGCCUACAGUAAAUUGUCUUGAUACAUUGUCAGGUUUUUAUUGCUUCUUCUAAAUUGCUUCUUCUAAAAAAAAAAAAAAAAAAAGUUUGCACUAGGCAUUAUUUCUUAGUCUGCUUUCCUGUUUUUCCUAAUUCACAGUCCACUAAUUCUGUAAUCUGAAAAUAAAUUUUUUUUUCCUGUUACCAAUUUUUUUUCCCCCUUUCCAUUUUUAAGAACAAAAAUUGCACUAAUAAUAAUGAAGCAUUAUUUUAAAUAUUUUGUUGCUUUUAUGUAAUACAGAGUUCUAUUGUGUAUUUGUAUCAAUACAUUUACUUUAGACUUUCUGCCCUUUGCAGGUAAAUCUGUUAGUACAAUUGACAAUUGAGUUGUCUUAUUACUAUCAUUGAAUGGCCUAUCAUUUUGCUGAAACUUUUCUGCCCCUGUGGAUAUAUACUCUGAUAUAUAAAGAAGUAAAGGGAAUGUUAACUGUAUGUGAGACAACAUUUGUAGAUAUUUUGUUCUUUUCAUUUGUUUUUGAGGCCUGUUCAUAUGAAGCAACGUUGUACCAUUUACCUAUGGAAGUUUUCCCUUAAUUCCUACAGUAAGUUGCCGCAUCACAAUCAUUUGGGGUUUCCUGUCGAUAACCACUAACCAGGCCUGAAUAGGGCUGAAACACUUGUGACAGCUGAUAAAGUUAUUGUGUUAGUGCUUUGUACAGUAAUAUAGGUCACUGCAUCACACAGACUGGAGGAUCAGCUCAGCUUGGCAUGAAAACAGUCUGUUAUUGGACAUAGGUCUAGGCAAAGAACAGUCCUUUUUCAGACUCAUUUACCAGCAGGAUAGCGACCAUUGUUGUGUUUAACUGUUUUUUAGGCCUCCCUUUUAAUAGAAUGUUUUUAGUAAAUACUUAGAAUACAAUACUGUAGCAUCUUUUCUUAUAGUUGUGCAUGUUUUCUUUCCUGUGUUAUUACUCCUGGAAAUGUAAACAUUUGUAAGCAUGACUUAGUGAUGAGUGGGUAAAGAUAUGCCUUUAUUGACGAGAGGAUUGGUAACCCCCAGUUGUUUCCAUGAGGAAUAACAGAGUAAUGGCAGAACCCCUAUAAGAAAAGAUAGUCCAGAACUAUAUACAAGUAAGUAAUACAAGUUUUUACUGUAACAUACACGUAAUGAGAUGGUACCAGUCUAUACAGUCUAUCAGACCAUGUCAUGUGCAUUAACUGCUAACAUCUAAUGGCAUGUGAUGCACAUCAUAACUGCAUAACUUUCAUCUUUAGCCAGUGGAAAAGCUUUCUUGUAUAAAGACACCUGUUUUGGGAUGGGUUCAGAUUUGGAUUGUUUUGUCAAAAUACAUCUGUUACUUAAAGUGAGAAACAAAGCAACACUUUUCCUUCAGGUUCUUCCCACAGUGGAGUUCUUAUGACCAAAUGUUUCCAUCCUCUGAACUUUUAUCCUGUGUAUUUAUAUGUAUAUUUGCCAUGACAUGGCCAGAGGGCCUGGUGAUGAAGAAAUGUUUCUUAAGGUUAACAAAGGAAAAAAACAUGAAAAAAGUACAGUUAUUUAUCCUGAAGACAAACUGAUCUAUGUAUGUAUGUGUAAAUAUAUAUAAUGCCUUGUUGCACUGUUGCUUUAAAUAUGGUGACUAUAUAAUAUUGUAUUCACUUUUUUGUUAUCACCAAUAAACAUUUUCGAUCUUUGUACUU